AAAAUGGUGUGCUCUUGAAACAGUUGAAGUUUACGGUGUAGUUUAUUAGGAUUUUCAAAUCAAAGACAAAAUAGUAAAAUAAUUGAGUAUGUCUCCUGAACGGGCAAUCUCACCGCAAUACGACGUGUCGUCCACGCCAAAAUUAUCGGUGCCCGGCAGUCCGGUGGCCGGCACGCCACUGCAGGACGCCACCUCGCCUUUCUCCCUCCUGCUGGCCGUCGCUCAAAGCCAGAAAAACGGAGACGACGACUUGACCAGUUUGUCCUGGUUGCACGACCAGGACGUGCUCAAAGGCAUGAACAUCAACCCGUCGCCGUCGAGCAGCGUGCAGGGCACGCCCAACAAAAGCUACGGCGUGCUGUCCACGUCCGCGACCGACUCGUCCGAGUCGCCCGCAGACUCGUCCAGCAGCUCGCCCAGCUCCCAAUCGCCGCACAACCACAGCCACGCGCAGAAAAACAAGCACCCCCACAACAUACCGUACGACCCGCUCAUACACACCAACAACAAGCCGCCCUACUCCUUCAGCUGCCUCAUUUUCAUGGCUAUAGAGGAUUCCCCCAAGAAGGCGCUGCCUGUCAAAGAGAUCUACGCGUGGAUUUUGGAUCACUUUCCCUACUUCAAGAACGCGCCCACUGGCUGGAAGAACAGCGUCAGGCACAAUUUGUCUCUGAAUAAGUGUUUCCAGAAGGUUGAUAAAGCACCAAACCUAGGCAAAGGCUCCCUGUGGACAGUGGACCAACAGUACAAGCCCAACUUGAUCCAAGCGUUGAUCCGCUCCCCGUUCCACCCGUGCGCGAACCUCAACCCCGCCAACUACACGAAAGCCACCCCCAAACCGCAACCGACCGCCGACGAGAACUCGAUGGUGCGCCUCCCGAACCCGCAGCUGUUCCCCUACUUGGCGCGCAAGCUGGCCGCGACCACGAAAAUGGAGUCGGAGGAGUCGCUGGACGAGCGGGACGCCGCGGCGGCCAUGCUGUGCCUCAAGAACGGCCCCAAGCUGCCCGCGCUGGUCAAGGACGGCAAGAGGACCAAGUGGCAGGUGAUCACCAACUCGCCCAGCCAGGAUCACACCUACAGCGCCGCCACCUCCACCGAGGACGAAAGCGAAGAUGACAGAACGUUCAGAAGUCGAACGUGCCGCAAAAUCGACUUCGAGGACGACGAGGAGCGCAGAAUCAAAGAGGGCGCCGAGACGCUGCUCAAUCUGGCCGGCAUACCGACGCGCAAGCGCAACAACUCGCAGGGCAGCCAACACGACGGCUUCAAGCGCGCGAAAAGCGAAUUUUUCGACAUCAACGACAACGACUUGGAGCAGGAAGAGGAGGAAGAGAAGAUGCCCUUCAAGCCGCGACUGUUGCGCACCAAGGGCCGCUCGAACAACAACAACAACUGCAAGGUGCCCAACAACAACAGCGAGGAUUGGUCGAAGCACAGGCGCCAACUCGACAUCAGUCAGAGCAGGUAAUCAAACGCCCAAAAACGUUUAAUAGCGAAUUUUUAAUGCCCGGUAGUUCAUAAAGUUUAAUGGGUUUGAAAUCAUCAAAAAGUUUUCAAGGGGAAUUUCUCCGUUAUACAUUUAAAAUUGAAAUUUGUCAAUUGUUGUAUAGAAUUUAUUUAUCAAAUUACUUAUAUUGGGAUGCUUUAUUAAUAUUAUAAGAACUUGUUUUUGAUGAUUUUAACGACAGUAAAGAAUACCUCUUCCUAAAAAAAUAUAUUACCAAUUGAAUAUAUUUUAUGUUUUUGUUUAUUAUAUUAUAUCUAAGGAUUGUUUUUUACUCUACAAUUUAAAAUGACUGAAAAUUAUUUAUUGAAACGCCC